ACUCCGGGUAGAGGUGGGUCUCAGAGCUCAGAUUCAGAUUCAUCUGCCACACCGGGAAAUGCCGUGGAUGUGAACAACGAAGGCUCCUCCGAGGGCUUCAUCUGUCCACUGUGCAUGAAAGUGUGUGUAACUCCCACUGAUCUGUCUGAACAUUACCAGAAUGAGCACACUGGGACAGGAGGAAGACAGGAGCUUCGUGACCUCCCAGCUGUUACUGGCUUUAUUUGUCCUCUCUGUAUGAAGUCUCAUGGAUCAGCUGAAGAGCUGUUCAAGCACUAUGAAGCAGUUCAUAAUUCUGGCAUUGAUUCAACUCAUGGAGGGGAAGGUCAUCUGUCACCGGAAAGAGAUGAAGUAUCACUGCUCCGACAAGAAGUCCAAGACUUGCAGGCUUCACUGAAGGAGGAGAGAUGGUAUUCAGAAGAGCUGAAGAAAGAACUAGAGAAAUUGCAGGGGCAGCGGCAGCAAGAUUCUAAGUCUGAUGGAUUGACAAUGGCUACAUCUACAGAAUCAUUAGAACGGCAACUAGAAGAGAUCCAAGUAGAAAAUUUUAACAUUAAGCAAAUGAAAGACUUAUUUGAGCAAAAAGCAGCACAACUGGCCACUGAAAUUGCGGAUCUUAAAUCAAAGUAUGAUGAAGAAGUCAGCCUUCGGGAUGGUGCAGAACAGAAAGUGACAAACCUGACACAAGAACUGCAGAAGGAGAGAAGUAUAGUGGAAGACUUAAAGACAGAGCUGCUACAAAGGCCUGGUGUGGAAGAUGUGGCUGUCCUGAAAAAGGAGCUGGUUCAAGUUCAAACACUGAUGGACAAAAUGACUCUGGAACGUGAGAGAGAAUCUGAAAAGCUAAAAGAUGAGUGCAAGCACUUACAAGCAGAGCAGGCUAACUCAGAGGCUACCAUUAACCAGUUAAGAGCUCAGCUUGCUAAAGGACCUCAGGAGGUAGCUGUGUAUGUUCAGGAGCUGCAAAAACUUCAAAGUUCAGUCAAAGACCUAGAACAGAAAAACCAGAGCCUGACUGAGAAGCUGCUGAAGAAAGAACAGGACUACACCCAGCUAGAGGAAAAACACAAUGAAGUGUCUGUGAGUAAGAAGAACGUGCAGGCAAGCUUUCACCAGAAAGACCUGGACUGCCAACAGCUUCAGGCAAAGCUGUCUGCAUCUGAAGCCUCAAUACAGAGAUUACAGACAGAGCUAGGUGAGAAGGGGGAAGCAAGCCAGAAACUUAAAGAAGAGUUGUCUGAAGUAGAGACAAAGUACCAGCAUCUCAAGGCAGAAUGUAAACAGCUCCAGCAGCAGAGGGAAGAAAAAGAGCAGCAUGGCCUGCAACUCCAAAGCGAGCUCAGUCAGUUGCACAGUAAACUUCUAGAAACAGAGCGCCAGUUAGGGGAAGCCCACGGGCGGCUCAAGGAACAGAGGCAGCUCUCUAGUGAGAAGCUGAUGGACAAAGAGCAGCAGGUGGCAGAUCUGCAAUUAAAACUUUCUCGUGUCGAAGAGCAGCUAAAGGAAAAAGCAGCAAAUUCCACUGAAUUGCAACAUCAAUUAGAUAAAGCAAAACAGCAGCACCAGGAACAACAGACGCUUCAGCAAAAUACUACAGCGAAACUACGAGAAGCCCAGAAUGAUUUGGAGCAAGUAUUACGACAAAUUGGAGAUAAGGACCAAAAAAUUCAAAAUCUUGAGGCUUUACUUCAGAAGAGCAAGGAAAACAUCUCUCUGCUAGAAAAGGAAAGAGAGGACUUAUAUGCAAAAAUUCAAGCUGGUGAAGGAGAAACUGCAGUUCUUAAUCAGCUACAAGAGAAAAACCAUGCAUUGCAAAUACAGGUAACUCAGCUGACAGAGAAACUGAAGAAUCAAUCAGAAAGUCAUAAACAAGCCCAAGAGAAUUUGCAUGAGCAAGUGCAGGAGCAAAAGGCACAUCUAAGAGCUGCUCAAGACCGUGUGCUCUCUCUGGAAGCAAAUAUCACUGAACUAACCAGCCAGCUAAAUGAAAGUAAAGAGAAAGUUUCACAACUUGAUGUACAGCUAAAAGCAAAGACUGAAUUGCUACUUUCAGCAGAAGCAUCGAAAGCUGCUCAAAGAGCGGAUCUUCAGAAUCAUCUGGACACUGCCCAGCAUGCACUGCAAGAUAAGCAACAGGAAUUAAAUAAGGUCAGCCUUCAGCUGGAUCAGGUUACAGCUAAGCUGAAUGACAAGCAGGAAUUCUGUGCUCAGCUGGAAACCAGUCUCAAAGAGUACAAAGAGAAGCGCCUGUCUUUAGAACAGAAAACUGAAGAGCUAGAGGGACAGCUAAAG